CUAUUUGGAGAUUAUGGAUGCUAAGCCCGAACCUGGACGCCUCAGUGAGAGUUCAGAACUUCUUUUCUCCUUUGGAGUUAUAGCAGAUAUUCAAUAUGCUGAUUUGGAAGAUGGCUAUAAUUUCCAAGGAAGCAGACGGAGAUACUACAGACACAGUCUUCUUCACUUACAGGGUGCUAUCGAGCACUGGAAUAAAGAAAGCAGCCCACCCAGUUGUGUACUUCAGCUUGGAGACAUCAUCGAUGGAUAUAAUGCGCAGUAUCAAGCAUCAGAAAAGUCACUGGAACUCAUCAUGAACACAUUCCAAAGGCUGAAAGUCCCAGUUCAUCACACGUGGGGAAAUCAUGAAUUCUAUAACUUCAGCAGAGACUAUUUAACAAACUCCAAACUUAACACAAAGUUUCUGGAGGACCAGAUUGCCCAUCAUCCUGAGACUGUGCCUUCAGAGAAUUAUUAUGCUUAUCAUUUUGUACCAUUCCCUAAAUUCCGGUUCAUUUUACUCGAUGCUUAUGACAUGAGUGUCUUGGGCGUGGAUCAAUCUUCUCCAAAAUACCAGCAGUGUCUGAAGAUACUGAGGGAGCACAAUCCAAAUUCGGAAUUGAAUAGUCCUCAAGGACUUGCGGAGCCCCAGUUUGUCCAGUUUAAUGGAGGAUUCAGCCAAGAACAGCUGAACUGGCUGAAUGAAGUUCUUACAUUCUCUGACAGAAACCAAGAAAAGGUGGUGAUUGUGAGCCAUCUUCCCAUUUAUCCCGAGGCCUCUGACAGUGUGUGCCUGGCCUGGAAUUACAGAGACGCCCUGGCAGUCAUUUGGUCUCACAAGUGUGUGGUGUGUUUCUUCGCCGGUCACACUCACGAUGGUGGCUACUCUGAGGAUCCUUUUGGUGUGCACCACGUCAACAUAGAAGGGGUUAUUGAAACGGCUCCAGACAGCCAGGCCUUUGGCACAGUUCAUGUCUAUCCUGACAAAAUGGUGCUGAAAGGGAGGGGCAGAGUUCCAGACAGAGUUAUGAAUUACAAGAAGGAAAAAGCUUUCCAUUUUUAGUGUGAUUUUAUUUGUUUCCUUUUAUAGAAAGAGACUGACUUGGCUUUGUGGUUUUGUUCCGCCUUCCUCUCCCCACAUCCUGAAUCUCAUUGUUUAGUAUUCUGUUUGCAUAACAAAUAGCUCAUAAGAUAUUCUGAAAUGUCAUUUUUGGAUAAUAUAUCCCGUGUUGAAAAUUGGAAAGGAAAUGAAUGAAAGUAGCAUGAAUAAACCAGGGAGGAGGCUGAGGUGGGGGGGAUACAGUCCUCCAAACAGACUCUUUUUAGCCUUACCUGAGUUUUUUUUACUUUUU